AUGUCCCAACUCUUUCUACCGUCUUCGCCAGAACCAGAUCAUGCUUCCUCAUACUCACAGGGACCAGAAUCGACUCUUAAGUUUGCCGCCUCGACUUCUCACGUUGCUCACAUUGCUGACCUACUAAACACUGUCACCUCCAUCAACACUCAUGCGCUCAUGGUGAUCUCAGACAGUGGGAUCGUUGUAUUCACAGAGUAUAAUCAUAUUACGAACAUCCACUUGACAAUUGACCUGAGUCUCUUCUCGUCGUACUCGUUGGAGUCCGGUUUGCCUGAUCUGGAGGCACCCAAAGAGAUGCGCUUGGGUGUAGAUAUCCUGUUAGUGGCAGACUCCUUUACGGCGGCAGCGGCUACCUUAGCGCCAAAACUCAAGGGUUCAGCGCCUUCUGGGCCAGAGAGUGUUGUUUGUUACAUGAAAUAUGCUGGCGAAGGGUAUCCGUUGAUAGUGGAGUUUGAAGACAGACUCAUGAGCGAGAAGAUAGAGUUUGCCACAUUUUACUUGGAUAUGGAGUAUCCGUAUGACACGAGCGAAGUGUCUGGGUUUGAAUUGUUGGUGAGACAUGAUAGAGUCGAGUUUGAACUGAUAGUGAAGAGUGAUCUUCUAACGGUACUCCUACAGGACCUUCAGCACAUCAAUACGGAGAGUCUCUAUAUCUACGUGUCUAAUAAUAAGCGAAAUCCAGGAAAUAAGAGCACGGCCAAUCAGCUCAACUUCAUCUCUAGCGGUGCUAUGGGGUACCUGAAGCUUUUAUUCCCCAGUGCAAAGACGAUGAUGGAAAAACUUGAGAUUUAUAGGCAAGAGAACGGCAAGAUGGAGCCCUCAGAGGGUUCCGUGCUCUCGUGUUUCUCGUUUGCACCGUUCAGCAAAAUAUUGAAAGGAGUCAAGCUCUCGUCAAAAUGCAAAAUCAUGAAGGAUGUAUCUGGUAUACUAUCCUUACAACUACUCUGCAAGCACGCUGGCGUCCCAAAUUACCCUGGUUCCCUUAUCACUUUCAAUAUCAUUGAAAAGGCCUUGGUAGGCGACGAGUUUGAACAGCCAAACGCAAUCGACAUCAAUGCGGUUUUUGAUGACAAUCAUUAUCAUUACAUUGAAGACUAUGAUCAAUAUACAAAAGCUGACCUUCGGGAGCCUGUUAGGCCAGUGCAUUCCGUAGCUCCCGAGGCCAGAGAAGUGGAGCCACAAGGAGGCCCUAGCGGCACUUUAUCAUAUGCAUCGUUCAAGAUUCCAAAAACAACGACUCAUGAACCCCCUUCAAAAAGACAAAGGCAACAAGAGCCGACCGGUAGAGGAGAUGACGACGACGAUAAUCCCAACGUAUCGGUAAACGGGCCGGUGGAAAUACCGAUCUUCUUAUAG